UAUUUUUGAUAAACUUCAUUUAAAGACAGCCUCUGCAAUGGCUGCAGAGCGAAAAUACAUUAAUCUGAGGAAGCGGUUGGAUCAGCUGGGCUAUCGGCAACCUCUAGGAGUGGAGAGUUUACCUUUGGUAGAAAAGCUGUUUAGUGAUCUUGUUCAUACUACUGAGAGUUUCCGGAGUUCAAAGUUGUCUGCUGGAAAAAUUGAAAAAGAAUUCAGCAACUUUGAUGCUAUUCUGGAACCUUAUCGAGAAGAAAAUGCCAGGCUCAUCCAUGAAAAUAACGAAAUACACUUAGAGAUUUUGAAACUGAAAGAACAAUCAGAGCAUCAGGUCAAAGAUUUGAAAACUGCAUUGAGGAAAAUUGAACAUGAGACUGCAGACAUGAAAUUUCUGAAUAACCAGUAUAUACAUAAAAUUAGAUCACUAGAGAAAGAGAACAAAGCUAAGACUGAAAAAAUCCAGCUGCUCCAAGAGAAAAAUCUGCAAGCAGUGGUGCAGACCCCAGGUGGCAGGAAAAGAAAUAUUCCAUUCAGGCGUCAACGUAUGCAAAUAGAUCAACCAGUCCCUCCCUCAGGAAUUGAUGCCUAUCCAGUUCCUCAGCCAGAUGACCCAUACAUUGCAGAUCUUCUUCAAGUGGCUGAUAACAGAAUUCAUGAGCUGCAGCUGGAAGUGGCGGACUAUCAGGAAAGAUUAGAGAUAGCUGAACGUGGAAUGAAAAAUUACAGCAAACAGGUUGAGUUACGAGAUGCCGAAAUUGAGCGUUUAGCAGUAGCUCUGGAUGGUGGUCGCUCUCAUGAUGUUAUAUCUCUCGAUGCCAGAAACAGAAGUAAUGAAAAAAUUAUUGCUCAUUUAAAUUUGCAGGUUGAAUUUUUGCAGCAAACAAAUAAAGAGCUUGAAAUGCGCAUACAAGAUCUUUUGGACAGUAGGAAAAAUGUGACUUGCGAGGUGGCUCAUUUAAGCAAUAAAAAUGAAGAACUGUGCCAAGAACUGAGUGAAAUAGAUCAUUUGGCACAACAGUUGGAAAGACACAAAGAAAUUGUGCUGGAGACAGCAGAUAAAGAAAUCGGACAGGCAAAGGAAGAAAUUAAAAAGAAGGACAAUGAAAUCCAAGAUUGUGAAGAAACUAUAGCCAAACUUAAAUCGGAGCUGUUUUCCUCUCGUAGGGAAAAAGACAGACUAGCAGAGGAACUCUUCAGGAAAGCAGAAGAAAAGCAAACUGUUGAGUUCAUGUUAAAUCAGGCUCAACAAGAGAACCACAGGCUAGCCAAAAAAGUUGAAAACUUUGAAAUUAUAGAACGGGAACUUAUUAUAGAAACAGAGAGAAUGAGACUAGAAGGUGGCAUUGUACUUGGGGACAAGUCACCAUCUCGUCUAGAUGCCUUCGUAAAGACUAUAGAAGAGGACAGGGACCACUAUAAGCGAGAACUGGAGUAUCUUCAAAAGGUUGUGAAACGAAGAUUAAGCCCAUUGCAAAAGUCUCCAGAAAAGAGUGAUGAUCUUAGGUUGGUCACCAGAGAGAGAGAUGAGCUGCAAGCGAUGCUUGAUAACUUUGAAAAGCAUAUGAUACAGAUUCAGUCUAACGUUAAACUUCUAACUGCAGAAAGAGACAAACUAAAUACUCUAUAUAAGCAGUCUCAGGAUGAGUUGAACCGUCUACGGAGAGAAACAAGAAGUUGCCUUCUGGUCCAAAGUCACGUGGAAGAGGAGAGAAACAUUGCUAUGUCUGAUUUCAGAAGAGUGGUGGCAGAGAGGGAUGGGUUGAGAGAGAAAUUAAAGAUUGUACAGGAAGAGGCUGCUCUAGAAAAAUCAAAGUUGGAAGAUGAAAUCACAGAGCUGGAAAACACUAUUCAUAGACUGGAAACUGAAGACCUUGAUCAAACAACUACAGUCUCAUUGCUGAAAGACAAAAUAACCUGCUUAGAAGAUGAAUUAAAUGUUAAGUCUCAUCAGCUCUCCCGGUUAACUGAAGAUGCUUCACAAUUUACGAGAGAGUUAAGCUCACUUCAACUCCUAAAUGAACAGAUACAGAAGUCCCUGGAUGAAAUACAGCAUCGAUUCUGUCUUAAAGAUGACGAACUUCGUUCAGCUCAAGAAGAAAUUUUGCUGCUAGAAGGCAAAAUUGUUGCAUUAAAUAAUAAGCAUGCUGCCCAGGAGGAGACCAUCAGUGUGCUCAGAAGUACCGUUAAUCUCUUGGAUACGGAGAAGGACAACCUUCAGGAAAGCGUAGAUGAAAAAACGGAGAGAAUUGUUUGUUUAGAUGACAAUCUAGCCAACAAGGAAAAAUCUAUCCUCCAUUUACGUCAAACACUCAAUCAGCUGGAGUCCUCCUUAGACCAGUUAAAGGACGCCUUGAGUGGCAAAGACCGUGAACUAGCCAGUCUCCGUCGCCAACUUGAUGUGGCAAACACUGACUUCGGAGAAACCGGAAGAAUAAAAGAAAUGGCUCUGAAGGAAAACAGACGGUUACAGGAUGAUCUAGCUACCAUGGCCCGAGAAAACCAGGCAAUCUCAACUGAACUGGAUGCAGCUUUACGUGAAAAAGAAGAAAUGAAAAUUAGAGUUCAUCAUUAUAUAACUGAAGUGUCCAGGUUUGAAAGUGUAAUAGCUUCAAAGGAAAGAGAAAACAGGGAAUUGCUGGAAAGAUUCCAGAUGCUCCAUAGCCAAGCUGAGAACUGGGAAGCAAAGGCCCACCAAGCGGAAGGGGCCAGCAGCUCAGUACGACUGGAACUUCUCUCCAUUGACACUGAGCGAAGGCACCUCAGAGAGAGAAUCGAACUAUUGGAGAAAGAAAUUCAGGAGCACAUCAUUGCACACCAAGCGUACGAAUCACAGUUCUCUUCAAUGGCGAAAAAUAUGGCCAAACUUGAAGAGAGCCUCAAUCACGAAAAAGAAGACAAGGUUGCAGCAGCAAGUGAUGUGGCUUCUGUUAGAGACCUUUGUGUUAAACUGGAGUCCACCAAAGAACAUCUUUCUCGCCAGCUGACAUCCAGAAAUUUGGAGUUUGAGAGGGUUCAGUCAGAAUUGGAAGACGCAAAAGCAGAAGCGGAGCUGUUAAAAAAGCAGUUGUCCAGCGAGCGGCUAACGAUACAAAACCUGGAAACGCUCUUGGCGACCAGCCGAGAAAAAGAAUUUCAGAACCACAUGGCCACUCACGAGAAGGAUUCAGAAAUACAGCUGCUCAAAGACAAGCUCACGCUCUCGGACAGUAAACUAACGAGUCUUAAUAGAGAAAUUUCUCUGCUCCGAAAUAAACUUUCACAGCUGCAGACUGAUUAUGAUGCUUUAAAAAGGCAGCUGACAACAGAACAAUUUGAACGGGAACGUGCCAUUCAAGAGAUGCGGCGGGCCUCUUCUGGAAAUGUCCCGUCCCCGCUUAGUUCAACGCUGAGAUCUCCUUCGCACUCUCCGGAAAGAGUCCCUCCAGGACCAAUGGAUCGAACAGAAAAAAAUGUGGGUUUCAAGAAAUGA